UAGAGUGAUAAAGAGUAGUAUUUGAGGUGUAUUUAAAAUUCCUCUCCUAGAAACCUGCCCCCGAUUCUCAGUAAGCGGGAAAGGGCUCCUUUAAAACUCCCAAAAAACCAUCCAAAGCCCUCCCACGUUCCAAUGUCGGGCACAAUCAAGGUUCUGAACGUGGCGGAGAAGCCAUCGGUGGCGAAGUCGGUGUCUGCCAUCCUGUCAAGGAACCAAGGCCUGCGUGUGCGCGAUGGCCGCUCCCGCUUCAACAAGAUAUUCGAGUUCAAUUACUCGAUUCGUGGCCAACCCUGCCACAUGCUCUUCACCUCUGUCACUGGCCACUUAAUGGAGCUCGAAUUCGAAGAUCGCUUCCGCAAGUGGCACUCCUGUGACCCCGCGGACCUCUACCACGCCCCCGUCCGUAAAUUCGUCCCUGAGGAUAAGGUGGGUAUUAAGAGGACGUUGGAGGAGGAAGCUAGGAGGUGCCAGUGGUUGGUUCUAUGGCUUGAUUGUGACAGAGAAGGAGAAAACAUUACAUUUGAGGUUAUUGACGUUUGCAGAGCAGUGAAUCCUCAUCUUACAAUACGAAGGGCUCGAUUCUCUGCAUUAAUUGAGAGGGAAAUCCAUCAUGCCAUGCAGAAUCUUGUUGAUCCAAAUCCAUGGUUUUCUGAUGCUGUAGAUGCUAGGCAGGAAAUAGAUCUACGGAUUGGUGCUUCCUUCACCAGAUUUCAGACUAUGCUGUUGAGAGAUAAAUUUGUUAUUGAUUCUGCUACAGAUGACAGAAAUCUUGUUCUAAGUUAUGGUCCUUGUCAGUUCCCUACACUCGGCUUUGUUGUGGAACGAUAUUGGGAAGUACAGUCGCAUGAGCCUGAAGAAUUUUGGACAAUCAACUGUUCUCACAGAUCGGAUGAAGGUGUUGCUACCUUCAAUUGGAUGCGUGGACACCUUUUUGAUCACACUUGUGCAGUUAUAGUUUAUGAAAUGUGUGUUCAGGAGCCAACUGCAACUGUAACAAAAGUUCGAAACCAGGAAAAACUUAAAUAUCCUCCAUAUCCUUUGAGUACCAUUGAGCUUGAAAAGCGUGCUUCGCGGUAUUUCCGUAUGAGUUCUGAACACACAAUGAAGGUGGCAGAAGACCUAUACCAAGCUGGUUUUGUUAGUUAUCCUCGUACAGAGACUGACUGCUUUUCAAGCAGGACUGAUUUGCAUGCAAUUGUGCAAGAACAGAAGGAGCAUCCUGAAUGGGGUUCUUAUGCCCAGAGAUUGUUAGACCCUGGGACAGGACUCUGGAGAAACCCUGGCAGUGGUGGACAUGAUGACAAGGCUCAUCCACCCAUUCACCCGACAAAAUUUUCUACGGGGGAACGUGGUUGGAGUCAAGACCAUCAUAAAUUAUAUGAACUGGUUGUUCGCCAUUUCUUGGCUUGUGUUUCACAACCAGCUGUAGGGGCUGAAACCACAGUUGAAAUUGAUAUUGCAGGUGAAUUAUUUUCCGCAUCGGGAAGAAUAAUAUUAGAGAGAAAUUACUUAGAUGUUUACCGAUAUGAAUCAUGGGGAGGUUCAAUGAUUCCAACCUACACUGUUGGACAGCAGUUCGUCCCAACAUCAUUGACUCUAGACAUGGGAGUCACUAGACCACCACCCCUUCUGAGUGAAGCUGAUUUACUAAGUUGUAUGGACAAGGCGGGAAUUGGUACAGAUGCAACAAUGCAUGAUCACAUUAAAAAGCUGCUAGAUCGAUUUUAUGCAACAAAGGACUCAAACACUCGUUUCUCGCCUACCAAUCUUGGUGAGGCACUGGUUAUGGGAUAUGAUGACAUGGGGUAUGAACUCUGGAAACCAAAUCUUAGAUCAAUGAUGGAGUUCGACAUGAAAGAAGUUAGCGUAGGAAACAAGAGUAGAGAUGAAGUUUUGGCAACUUGCUUGCAGCAGAUGAAAGCUUGUUUCUUAGAUGCAAGAUUGAACAAAGUGAAGCUAUUAGAAGCUAUGGCUGUUUUCUUUGAAAGAUCAAAUCGAGCUGUUGGGGGUGACAACCAUACAGCUGGAGAGGUGGUUAGGCAGUGUGGUCUUUGCCAAGAAUCUUCUAUGGUGCUGAAGAAAAAUCUUGAUGGCAAUUUCAUGGUUGGAUGCUUGGGUUUUCCCCAGUGUAGGAAUGCUAUUUGGCUCCCUGGAUCUGUACUGGAAGCAACAGUAACCAGCAAUAUUUGCAGCUCCUGCAAUCCGGGUCCUGUUUACUUGAUUCAAUUUAAGUUUCGCCAGCUUGAAAUACCACCAGGCUUCAAUGCCAAUCAUCUAGGUUGCAUUGGUGGCUGUGAUGAUACUCUUAAACAACUGAUUGAAAUCUGUGGAACAGGUUCUCGCAUGUCAGCACGGGGUAGAGGACCCACUACAACAUCCAGCAAUGUCCAGAGAAGUAGCAACAGACAGGGUGCUUGCUUAUACUGUCAGCAAAUGGGCCAUUCUUCAAAUGAUUGCCCUUCACAGUUUUCAGGUUCCCGAAAUUCUCGAUCUCGCACAAACUCACAAAAUGUAAGAACAAAUGCAGUGCAUCCAAACACUCUAAUGGGAGUAGACAAGAUGAUUCGCAGGUGAGGAUAGGAACCAAGAAAAGAUUGGCAAGGGCUUUGAAAUUUCAGGACUCGAGAAGACAUUAUGUUUAUAAGAUAUGUAGCGGUAACUAUAGCUUCACUCCGAAAAUGCUUAGGUACAUGGGUAGCCAUCAUGAGGGAUCUUGCAACUUCCAACAAAUGUCAAUUCUUUCUUUCAGCAACGCCAUUUUGUCGAGGAGUAUCGACACAUGAGCUUUGUUGAAUUAUACCAUGCUUCAAUAGAUAUGAUCCAAGGAUUGAAUUGUAGUAUUCUCUUCCAUUGUCGAUUCUCAACACUUAGAUUUUGGUUUUGAAUUGAGUUUGGAUUAUAUUGUUAAAGUUUUGGAAUAGCUGACCCACUUCUGAUUUUUCCUUCAUAAGGAAUACCUAAGUAACCCUGGUGUAAUUAUAAAUAAAUGUGACAAACAAUUUGGAUAGUUAUUUACUCUAGAGGGACCCCAAAUGUCACUGUGUAUUAUGGAAAAAGGAUGGGAUGAUUUGUAAGGCUGAUUAGGAUACAUGGUAUAGGUAUGUUUGGAUAGUUGGUAGACUUCAUACUAAAAGUUGUUAGGAUUUUGAUUGAAUAAUAAGGGAAAGAACCUUGAGGUACAAAAAGUUUAGAUGACCUAACCGAUAGUGCCACAACGUGAUGGUACUAUCUUUAUUAUUACUGGAUAAUGAAGCCACAAGAGGUUUUCUGAUAUUAUCUUUUAGAAUCAUUAGCUUUUAGGAUAUAGAGUCCUGCACACAUUUUAGCAUUGCCAAUCAUCUUCCUUAGAUCCAAAUCUUGAAAUUCACACAUAUUUGGAAGAAAUUAAGUGAUAUACUUAAGGUCUUUUGUAAGUUUGCUUAUAGACAAUAAAUUGUAACUUAGAUUUGUGACAAACCGAACAAAAUCAAGUGUUAUCUCUUUGGAAAUAAUAACAUAACUUGUCCCGACUAGUGAAAUUGAUCCGUCAGUAAUUCAAACUGUGAAGUUUUUAUGACAUGGGCUGUAUUUACUAAAUACAGAUGCAACCCCAGUCAUAUGGUCUAAAACUUCUGAAGCCACAAUCCAUGAAUUUGAUUUCUCUAGUUUUACACUUAAAGCACUUGGAAAAUUACCUUGUUGUGCUAAAGAACUUAUUCGAAUACGAGUGGUAAUGUUUUGUAGUGAUUGAGAAAUGCUAGCUUUGGGGUUAGAGGUAACCUCCGAUCUUGGGCUUUGUCUUUCGUUAGCUAUAUUGGACUUCGAGUGAAAAUUUUCAAAAGUUUAGAUCGUGCUUUGAUAUCAUGAAGAAAUCUCUAAAAUAAAACUAUUUUAUACUUCUAUUU